GCUGCUCACAGUGUCACAUAGAGCAGCAGCAAAAUCUGAGAUCUCAAAACAAAACAGAAAUGGCGACGGCGUCGUCUUGGGUGGCAAAGAUUCUGAACCCAAAGAGCAAUCCCUUGGCCGCUAUGCACAUGAAAGCCAUCUCUACCCGCCUCCGCAAUUACGGGUUGAGGUAUGACGACCUGUAUGAUCCGCUGGAGGACAUGGACAUCAAAGAAGCAUUGAGACGGCUUCCUCCAGAAGUUGUGGAUGCUCGCAAUCAGCGGCUCUUGCGGGCCAUGGAUCUCUCCAUGAAGCAUCAGUACCUUCCCGAACACCUCCAGGCACAGCAGACGCCAUUCAGGAGCUAUCUUAAAGAUAUGCUAGCUCUGGUAAAGAGGGAGAGGGCAGAGCGUGAAGCUUUGGGAGCUUUGCCUCUUUAUCAGCGUACACUUCCCUAAGCUUGAUAUUUCCUCAGGUCACGCAAGUUAGAUGCUCUUAGAAUUCGGUCUAGCGAAUAAUAGCUGUAACAUUUCAUGGGGAGGAAGACCUCCAUGGAAUGCAAUUGAUGGGAUUUUGGAUCCAAUCGAUGAUUUUUCUGUUACAGCAGCAGAGUUUCUGAGCCUGCAGGCACAUGUUUUUUGGCCUAAUAAGUCUUCACGCAAAUGCAUAUUGAAAUUUUUGGCACGCAAACAGCGAGAUCCGCAGCUGUGAACCUUUCAUUUCCAUUUUUCUUGGUCAUCUUGUGCUAUAGUAUUCAUCAGGUUCUUGAUAAUGCUGAUACUGCUUUGGACAAACUUAUUGGACUGCUUCUCGUGUUUGGGCUAACAAUAAUACGUAAGGCUCAUGGUCAAUGCGUGAGUUUUGGUUACUAAAUGUAUCACGGAUGUCCAGUUUGUAGGAUUCCUGC